GGUAAAAAUGGGCAGCGACCGAGCGACACAGACACGAACAGAGUGCACCUCUCUCUCUCUCUCUCUCUCGCGAAUAGGCGCCAAAAUUGCCAGCGUUCUUAGCCAGACUCACAGAGAGAAAUGGGAAGAGUAGUUGAUUGAUGUUUCUCUCGUUUUUUUGUUGGUUGUUCUCCCGUAAAAUGCCGCGUUAGGGUUAGGGUUUGAUUAUUGUGUUUUUCGAAUCAAUCCAAUCCAUUUCCCCCCUUUUCCGUUUCUAAGAUCCUUCAAUGACUUGAGAUUAGGGUUUUCCUUUUUGCUUUUUGAGGUUCUUAAUUCGUUUUGUUAUGUCACAGCCAUGAUUUUUGCUUCCUUAAGCAUUCAUCAUUGUUGAGUCCUGCUGCGGAGGACAUUUGAUCUCUCUCUCUCUCUCUCUCUCUCUCCCCUCCCCCAAAUUUCUUCUCUCUAUCGAUCUCAAUGGGAUCAUCUGGUUUCUUUGUGAUUUGUCUUCUCCAUUCCAUCGUUGCUCUCACUUGUGGAGCUCUCAUGAUGUUCUAUCAAGACGAGAUCUCUGUUGUUGGGCACGGGACUGAAACUGCGAGUAAGCUUUUGGGUUCGACGCCACAUGAUCAGCUCCUGAUCAAGACCUCCGAUUCGUUUGCUGGUCUGUUGUUGUUCGUGAUCGGGUUUCUGCUGUUCAUGGUCGCGUUUGUUAAGGACAGAGAGUUCCAGAGCUUCUUCGCCAAGGGAUGCGUGCUUCUUCAUGUCUCCGUGUCUCUAUGGAGAGUCUACUUUGAGAGGAAGCUCGAAGAUCUCGCUCAUGAUUGGCCGAGGCAGGUCGUUGGGGACAUUGCGCUGGCACUUUCCUGGGUUUUCUUCCUCGUGUACUCGUGGAGAGAGAAAUAUGAUUAACUCGAUAGGGAAAUAAUGGUUGCCUCCAUGAAUACGGGUUUGGGUAUUUCUACUGAAUUGCAUUGCCGAACAAAGCAAUAGGUUGUUGCCGCUGCUCCUUAAUUGUGCUGUAGAUGGUGAAAGAGGAAUCGGAAUCAAGGUGGAGUAGAAAUACAGUUUUCUUGAAGUGAGGCUCGCCUCUUUAUGCUGUAAAAUUGCUGGGUUGGGAGAUGAAUCCCAUUGGUAGAGAGCACAAAUCGAGUCGGGGUCAGUAUGUUUGCCUGAACUUUGUUUAGAGUCUUUGAUGUUUUUAUUUUCUUUUUUUUUUUCCUUUGAACAUAUCUGAAAGGCCGUGUAUUACUUCUCUUGUAAAUUUUCUUUGGCAUUAAUAAUAAUAAAAAUAUUUGACACCUUCUA